CAUUCUUUCUUUGCAAGUAUGGAGUCUCAGAAUUCAAAUCUCACCUGCGCCAUAUGCCUGGAGCGUUAUAGAUACCCUGUAACCAUCCCCUGCGGCCACACUUUCUGUAAAGACUGCAUCACCACUCACUGGGACACCAAGAGCAGGUCCAACAUCGGCCCUCGGUGCCCCAUCUGCAACGAUGAGUUCCCCUCCAGACCGGUUCUGAAGCGGAACGUGUCCCUGUCGGUGCUGGCCGAGGCUGCCAACAGCACGGCUGCAUCCUGCAGGGAGCAUCCGAUUAGGUCAGGGGAUGGAGGGAGGACCAUGCUGCUGUGCGAUCGCCACAAGAAGCCUCUGGUUUAUUACUGCAGACAGGACAAAAUGCCAGUUUGCUACGAAUGUGGCAUCAAAGAAUGCAUCAAUCACGACAGAGUCCUGUUGGAGGCUGAGCGGGAAAACCAAGAGCUGCUUCUGGAGAGGAAGAGUAAGGAGGUGGAGAAACGCCUUGAAGAAACACAAAAGAAUAUAAAUGACUUGACGGAGAAUAUCAAUCACGCUAAGGUUAUUGUAGAUCAGACCUCCUCCUGUAUGAAGGUGAAAUUCUCCAGUCUGAUCAAGAUCCUGGCUGAGAAGCAGGAGGCCACGGAGCGGUUCAUCGAGGAGCAGAAACAGGAAGCCAUCGUGGAGGCGGAGACGCGGCUGGCCCGCCUCGAGGAGCGCUCCAAGAUCCUGACAGAGACCCGCGAUCAAAUGGCAGCUCUGGGCCAGCUCUCCGAUACAGACCUCAUCAGGGAAUCAACACGGGUAGAAGUGCCACAUUUCAGCGACAUCUCCACAGAUGUGUCGCCAAAUCUUCUGGAUCGAUUAAACGGUGUCACAGACGUUCUGACCCGAGUUUCCAAGCUGGUUUCUGAGGACCUGGAGAGAGCCGUGUGCACUGCUGUGGUUCAGGACGGCGACGGUUCUCCUCAGGAUAAGAGGCCGGUUCUGGCUGUGGUUCCCAGUCCGGCUGCUCCGUGCCUCCCAGGAGGGAAGGAAGGCCUCAGCGCCUAUCAGUGCACUCUGACCUUUGACCCUCGAACUGCCAACGAACACCUGUAUCUGUCUCAUGAGAACCGAAGGGCAGAGCACCUGACCUCUGGGCCGCGCCGUGUCCCAGCUCACGAGGCGCGCUUUGACCACACCUGGCAGGUUCUCUGCUUUCAGGGCUUUAAAAACGGACAGCACUACUGGGAGCUGGAGGUGUCCAAACCGUGGGCGUACCUCGGGGUAACCUAUGAGACCAUCCCCAGGAAGGAGAAGGGCAAGAGGUGCAUGGUGGGAAUGAAUGAACUGUCAUGGAGCCUGCAGCUGGACGAGCACCAGCUCUCCGCCUGGCACAACGGGCGGCGGGAGACUCUGGCCGGCCCCUCCCACCACAGCCGCAUCGGCAUGCUGCUGGACUACGAGGCGGGGACGCUCACUUACUACGGCGAAGGCCAGACCAGGCUCCACGCCUUCCACUGUGUCUUCACCCAGGAGCUGUUUCCUGCCUGCUGGAUAGGAGAGGGCGUCAGCAUCACCCUCUGCUCCACGUGAGCCCAAACAGGAGGCGCAACUAGCUGGUUAAACACGGAGAAACUCCUUUUAUCUGUUUAGAACUCUUUCUCCCUUUAAGUGACUGCUGGUUUAUGACCAUCGUCUCCUGGAAACCUUCAAGCAUCUUCAUCUGAAUGGUUUCAUCCUACUUUAGACCAUUUUGGAUCGAGCUCACUGCAUCCGAUUUCAUUCUGCAGCCAAACAGAUGCUUCAAAGCAAAUGAUGGAAACGUCUAAAAAAAA